AGUCAUAACUAAUUGUCAUUUGUCAUUGCUAGUAGGGAAACGAAGUUAUGGUAUCAGGAGUUUAUUUUGGGGGCGUAGUGAAAUUAUCUAGGUGAUUCAUUUAAAUUCAGACAUGAAUUCAAUAUAAAAGAUAGUACAAUCUAUUACUCAAAAUGGCACAAUCAAAUUUUAGCGGUGUGGACGAAUAUGGGUUUGAGAGGCAUGAAGACUUUGACUAUGAUAGUUAUGAACACUUCAUGUCUGUAUAUUUGAAAGUUUUAGCCACAAGAGCCCAAAAAUGGGCUGUGCUACUUGGUGAAGGAAAGUCGGUCAAACGCACCGAUACUGUCAAACGAUACGUUCGCAAGGGUAUUCCUAGCGAACAUCGCCCAUCAGUAUGGAUGGCUAUAUCAGAGGCAGAUAAAAUGAAAGAGCAAUGCCCUGAUUUAUAUCAAAAAAUAUUAGAUAGUCCAUUUGAGAAGGAACUGGUUGAUCUUGUGAAGACUGACCUGCCACGCACUUUCCCAGACAAUAUAUAUUUCACAAAGGAGGCCAAUCACCAAGCACAUUUGUUUAACAUCCUCAUAGCAUAUGCCCAUAGCAAUAGGGUAGUGGGCUAUUGUCAAGGUCUUAAUUAUAUAGCUGGACUGCUCCUUUUGGCUACAAAAAAUGAGGAAACUUCAUUUUGGUUACUCAAAGUCCUGGUAGAAAAGAUUCUGCCAGAUUACUACACUAAAACAAUGGAUGGACUCAUUGUAGACAUUGAAGUGUUAUCAGAACUAGUCAAAUCUAAAGUGCCCGAUGUGCAUCAACAUGUGAUAAAUCUAGGUCUCCCUUGGGCUGUUAUAACCACUAAAUGGUUUGUAUGCUUGUUUGCAGAAGUCUUGCCUAUUGAGACUGUACUACGGAUAUGGGACUGUCUUUUUUAUGAAGGCUCCAAAAUUCUGUUUAGAGUUUGUUUGACACUUAUAAAAUCGAACAGAGCAACUAUAUUAGCAUGCAAUGACUUCACAGCACUGGCAGAAUGUUUUAAGGCUAUUGUGAAAAAUGCCAGCGCAUUACAUUGUCAUGAGUUUAUGCAGUCAAUUUUUAAAGUACCUGGAACUCUCUCCAACUCAAAAAUUGUCAAACUAAGAGCACGCUUCGCUAAACAACGCCGGGAACAACAGCAGAAAGAACCGCGGUGAAUGAACUUUAGCAAUGUCAUGGAAGAUUUGAUCUCAUUCUUGUUAGAAGAACAAGAAAAUUGAUAUAAACACCAAACAACCAAAUUGUUAUUUUACUAUCAAUAUAUAAGCUGUUUGCAUCUGUUGAAAUAUUAAGGUGACUUUAUUAAUACAACUUUUUUAAUACACGUGUAGUAAUGUGUUAUAACAUCCCUUGCCACUGUUAGUGGUCAAGUAAUAAAUUGAGGCCAGUUUCUGAUAGAUCGACACUACAGCAGUACAACAUCCGUUCAAUACCUAGGCGAUGUCAUGCCUUAAUAUACAAUUUUGAUUUAUAUUAUUUGUACAUUACGGGUCAGUCACACUAUUUAUACUUCUGAUUCAGAUAGCUCUGCUCUUAACGUCGUUCGCGUAAUAAAUCUUUAUAUCCUCUCAUGUGAAUGAGAUAUUUUACUGUAGUAAGAAGUAUCCUAAAUAUUAUACAAAAUCUUAUUAAAAUCCGUCCAGUAGUUCUUGCGUAAAGCAUGUCAGACAAGAUCUGAUUCUGAAUUCCAGGUAUAUUCAUCACAUGGACUAACUGACGGACCUUUUCAUUCUCUGCCGCGGCAGUGUGUACCAUUAGCGCGGGCGAGGUUGCCAUUUCAUUAUCAUUUAUUAAAAAUUGCUAACCAUAACUGCCAUCCCAGAUUACUAAUUAUAUAUUAUAAUUAUAAUAUAGCUAUUAGUCGCUCCGUCUUGAGAAAUAACAUAGUUUUUAUCCCGAUAAGAUAAAAUGAUCUCGGUAGGACACUUAACGUUUGCCGGUCAGCUAUUAGUUUUAUAAAAUAGGCAAUCAUGUAGUUGCGCAACAUUGCAUGGCUGAUGAUACACCAUGAAUCAUAAGCGGUGUAUUUAUUAAACUCGCAUAAGACUCGUUUUUCGCUGUCGUGUCGACUUAUUAGGAACUAGACUAAUAGUGUACCUAAUCUGUCUGAAGUUACGUACAAAAUUAUUUUAUGAAUGAUAUUUCGUGAUGCAAUAAUGUUCAUAAAAGUCCCUGUAAUUAUGAAUUCGGUUGUAAUUUAAGAAGCAGUUAGAAUUAAUUAUUAAUUUAACUAUUUGAGAAAUAUGGCAAUUUUUAAUAUGAUUAUUUUCCUCUACUUUUCAAUAAACUAUUUUUUAAGGAACCCCCCGAUUGAUUUUGAUUGAGCCAUGCAUAUCUAAACCAGUAUAAUACUAUAUACAUUUAAGAAAAUAAAUUAAGUUCUCUCUGGUUAAUCUAAUAAUAGAAUAUUUAUUAGAAGAUAACCAACCAUCUUUCUUCUUUUUUUCAGCCUCAUAAUUUUUUUUAAGGUGAUGCAUGAAAUUUUUAAUAUUCUGUCUAGCUGAAUUUCUAUAUCUAUAUUUGAAUAUACAAAUAAUUUAUUGUCUACAAAGAACAGGACUAGUUAACAAUCUAUUAUGAUGAAGAAUAUUAAGAAACCAAUAUUUUGCUACAAUCUAUGCUCAAUAAUUUUCAUUGCAACAUUACAUAUCAUUGUUUCAUUAUUAUGAUAGAUUGAGAGCAUAGACAAAGUAAAUAAAAGUGCAUUUUCAUUGUCAUAUUAAGAUAAAACAUUAAUUAAGUACCUAUAAGUACAUUACAUAAAAGAAUAUGAUUUAUAAAUGGAGAUUUUAAUUUUCUUUCCUAGAACUAUUAGGUAACAUAGGUAUACCGAAAUUGAAUGUGUAAAAUAAUUGUUAUACAUAGUUUUACAAUCAAGAACUUGGUGGUAGUGUGAUACAAUUGCAUGACAAUGGAUGCUGUGUAUUUUUUUUUUUAGAAUUUAAUUUGUAUAUUUGUAAGUAGGUUAACAUAUUAUUUCUAUAAGUUUUGCAUACAUUAUAAGUAUGUUACGUUGUUUGUUAUUUUACGUAAUCAUUAGAUAUUUUUUAUUAUAAUGUAAGUACUAUACUUACAGCUACCUAAACGAACAAAUCUUUUUUCUGUUAUUUUUCGUCCCUAGCCUGUUCUUGUAUUUUUUUACAAAACCAUCUGACAAUAAAACUGCACUCCUGUCUGUGAAGAUAAUUAUUUUUUAUGAUUAUGCUCAAUUUAAUGUUGUGAAAAUAGCACAUUAGUAAUAAAAUCGAUACUAUCUCGAUAUCGAAUAUUGAUAUUAUAAUUUAUCAAUUACAACACAAAAUGUGUCAAAUUGUUUGUCAUUAUGCCUAUAUAGUUUUUGUAACAGUUUGUAAGUAGCCUCUAUACAUUUACAAAGCCAGAAGCUUUAAAGAUUAUACUACUAAAAAAUAUUACUAAAAUCUAUUUAAAUACUAAACACAUCAAUUAAUGUAUAAAAAUUAAACAAAAGAUUUCUGAAAGACAAAUUAAAUACAGAUUUUUGUAUAAUAAUUUUAAAUUGAUUUUCUAUCCCGUAGUAUAAAUGUGCUGUGAUUGAUGGUCUAGGUUGUUGCUAUCUAAAUCCCCAUAGUGUGUUAGAUUUUUGCCAUAAUACAAAUUUGGAUGUUCAUUGCAAUUAAAUAGAUUAUCAAGAUGUUAACAA